UGACUUGCUGCUUCACCACAAUGAAGACUUUUGAUGCAAAUGAUUUGUACCAGGGGCAGAAUUUUAACAAGGUCCUCAGUUCCUUAGUGACUUUAAAUAAAGUAACAGCAGACAUUGGACUGGGAAGUGACUCUGUGUGUGCCCGGCCCUCAUCUCAUCGGAUAAAGUCUUUUGACUCCCUGGGAUCCCAGCCUUCCCACAGUCGGACUUCAAAAUUAUUCCAGGGCCAGUAUCGGAGUUUGGACAUGACCGAUAAUAGCAACAAUCAACUGGUAGUAAGAGCAAAGUUUAACUUCCAACAGACAAAUGAAGAUGAGCUUUCCUUUACGAAAGGAGAUGUCAUCCAUGUCACUCGAGUGGAGGAAGGGGGCUGGUGGGAGGGCACACACAACGGCAGGACUGGCUGGUUCCCCAGCAACUACGUCCGAGAGAUCAAGCCCAGUGAAAAGCCUGUGUCUCCCAAAUCUGGAACAUUGAAGAGCCCUCCCAAAGGAUUUGAUACAACUGCCAUUAACAAAAGCUAUUAUAAUGUGGUGCUACAGAAUAUUUUGGAAACAGAAAAUGAAUACUCUAAAGAACUUCAGACUGUGCUUUCAACCUAUCUACGGCCAUUGCAGACCAGUGAGAAGUUAAGUUCAGCAAACACUUCAUAUUUAAUGGGAAAUCUAGAAGAAAUAUGUUCUUUCCAGCAAAUGCUUGUACAGUCUUUAGAAGAAUGCACCAAGUUGCCUGAAGCUCAGCAGAGAGUUGGAGGCUGCUUUUUAAAUCUGAUGCCACAAAUGAAAGCUUUGUACCUUUCAUAUUGUGCCAAUCACCCAUCUGCCGUGAAUGUUCUCACAGAGCACAGUGAGGAGUUGGGAGAGUUCAUGGAGAUGAAAGGUGCCAACAGUCCGGGGAUUCUUGUGUUGACCACUGGCCUCAGCAAACCAUUCAUGCGCCUGGAUAAGUACCCCACUCUGCUCAAGGAGCUCGAGAGACACAUGGAGGAUUAUCAUCCGGAUAGACAAGAUAUUCAAAAAUCCAUGACUGCCUUCAAAAACCUUUCAGCCCAGUGUCAAGAUGUACGGAAAAGGAAAGAGCUGGAGUUGCAGAUCCUGACGGAAGCCAUCCGGAGCUGGGAGGGAGAUGACAUUAAGACCCUGGGCAACGUCAUUUACAUGUCCCAGGUCAUGAUUCAGUGUGCCGGAAGUGAGGAAAAGAAUGAAAGAUAUCUUCUACUCUUCCCAAAUAUUUUGCUAAUGUUGUCUGCCAGUCCCAGGAUGAGUGGUUUUAUCUAUCAGGGAAAGCUACCAACGACAGGAAUGACAAUCACAAAGCUUGAGGACAGUGAAAAUCAUAGAAAUGCAUUUGAAAUAUCAGGGAGCAUGAUCGAGCGGAUAUUAGUAUCAUGCAACAACCAGCAGGAUCUCCAUGAAUGGGUGGACCACCUACAGAAGCAAACAAAAGUCACAUCUGUCAGCAAUCCCCCCAUUAAGCCUCAUUCUGUGCCGUCUCAUACUCUCCCCACCCAUUCGAUCACCCCAUCCAGCAAGCAUGCAGACAGCAAGUCGGUGCCACUGACGCCUGCCUACCACACACUGCCCCAUCCCUCCCACCACGGCACCGCACACACGACCAUCAACUGGGGGCCCCUGGAGCCUCCGAAGACCCCGAAGCCAUGGAGUCUGAGCUGUCUGCGACCCGCACCUCCCCUCCGGCCCUCAGCUGCUCUCUGCUACAAGGAGGAUCUUAGUAAGAGUCCCAAGACCAUGAAAAAGUUGCUACCUAAGCGUAAACCAGAGCGGAAGCCUUCGGACGAAGAGUUUGCGCUGAGGAAAAGCACAGCUGCUUUGGAAGAAGAUGCACAGAUUCUGAAAGUCAUCGAAGCUUAUUGCACAAGCGCCAAAACACGGCAAACACUUAACUCAACAUGGCAAGGCACUGACCUGAUGCAUAAUCACGUCUUGGCUGAUGAUGACCAAUCAAGUCUAGACUCCUUGGGUCGUCGCAGUAGCCUUUCUCGUUUGGAGCCUUCAGACCUCUCGGAAGACUCUGACUAUGACAGUAUAUGGACAGCCCAUAGUUACAGAAUGGGUUCUACAUCUCGUAAGAGCUGUUGCUCAUAUAUCUCUCACCAGAACUAAUGCACUUCUGAGCUUUCUUAACAAAUGCUUGUUGUAUCGCAGCCUGCUUUUCUUAGAUGUUUUCUUGCUGUUCCUUGUCUCUUUUAUGUGAUAUUUUAACAACUUUUGAGAGCGUUUCUGAUAUUCCCAUUGUAUUUUGUGGAGGCAUAAUUGCCAAUUCAAGUAUCCAUUUGAAGUUACUUACUAACUGUUGAAGGAGAUGGUGAAUUCACACAGCCUAUAUCUAUGGGUUCUUUUCUCUGGAUAGUGGUGGUUUUAUAGCCCAAAAUGGUUUGGUUUUUUAAUUCUCACUAUAGCAACUGUCUCAUUUCUUUUUGGAUACAGCUAUAUGAACACUUUUAUAUUUUAUACUGAAACCAUACAGGUUUGUGAUCUAAGUGCCAGUAACACGGAGGAGACUCUGGCCUUAUAUAUAGGAUUCUAAAUUUUUUAUGUAUAAUGGACACCCUGAUCAAGUAGUUGUGGAGAGAAGAAGGAAAAAGCAUGCACAAAAGUACUGAGAGUUCGUUCAGACAGCGUGUUCUGAGGACUCCUGGGGGCACUUGGCGACCAUGAAGAACCAUGUGUUGGUGGGGGCUUUGGGCCUUGGCAGCACUGGAAAGCUUGUCUGCACCCUACAGCUCUGUGCUUGUCAGUGUGCCACAUGUGCUCUUCCCUGUGCCCCCAUUUGCCCGUGGGGUGUAAAUUUUCCUCUGCAAAGUCCAAAUUAUUGUCAGAGUUCAGACACGGUCAUUACACCAAACUUUCCUUAAUUGGAGUAAUUUCUCUUAAAUGGCACUUAGCAAGCCUGUGCCACUCUACCGAAGGUUUAAAGUCCAAACUCUGAAGCAUUGAGCCUCUGAAAGUGUAGAUUAGAGCGCUUUCAGAGAGAGGCAUUUUGGUGUGCUUAAAAAGGCGAGUGCUUUGGCUUCAGUCACAGCCUGGCUUUCACCCUGACAUUCAUACUUAUACUGCCUGUGAUGGACACAUUGUUUGUUUUCAGCGACGAGCUGCAGUGAAUCUCCAUUUACAGCAACCCUAUCCUAUGUAACCCUCAUUCUUGAUUGUAAUGGGGUAUCUGAGUCUAUUGAAGACUUACUGAGUUGCCAUGUAACUCACUUAUUAGGAAAGCUCAGAUUGGGGUUCAGUCCCCCAUUUUCCUGGGAUUUGUUGUAAGGAGAUUUCACUGGCAUCACUCAAGACUAAUUUCUGCUUCAAAAAGAACUGAAUGUGACGUGUUGCAUUCAGUUGUAGCAUCCAAAUCCACAUCCGGUCAUUGCUAGAGGGGAGGAAGUGUGUUCUCUCCCAUGCAUGCUAUAUCUGGUGUUAAAAUGGAACCUUAAGGUUGUGUUUUAAGUAUCCAUUGAAACCAGCUUCAGAAAACAAGAUGCCAUAAUAAACUGGGAAUAACAUUUUUUCCUUUCUUCAGGGUGGCUGUAAUUCCAGGUGGCUGUGAAUUCUCUCUUCCCUCACCAUACCUCCUUCACCAAACCCAUGUAUUCAGUGUUCUGAUCUCGUUUGCACAGAGACAACUCUGAUACACUAUGUCAUUGUUUCCUGGGAGCUGGGUCCUGUUGCUCACAAGCCCAGAGGUGCUAGUGAACUCCCGGCAGUAGCAUAUUGCUUAGAAAAUCAGACAGCUUCAGCACUGCAUGCAAUGGGGUCAUUGGGAAAACCGAUAAUUCUAAGUAUCUGUUUUCAAGCUUAUGACAUCUGGAGAUUUCAUAUUUUUAUAUCAAUUAGUAUAAAAAAGUUGAGGAGCAAUCGUUUAAAAUUAGAGCUCAGUAUUAACCCAUGGUAGAGAUGGAGUUUAAUAUAUGUUCAGCCAAAUAGCAAAUGGAAUUUUUGGAAAGCUAUAACUACACAGUUCAUAUGCUUACUCAAUAUCAUGCAAGGAAUUUAGAAGCAAUUUUGUUUUAUAUUACGUAGAGAACUCACCUUUUCUGAUAUGAAUAGAACAUCUUUUUGUUUGCUUUGAGACUAUAAUUGGUGCAUUGGCCUCGAUGCCUUUGCCAUGCCUUAGUAAACUUGGGUUGCCUGGGUCAUUUGCUAUAUACCACAAUUGAAAUACAGUUGCUGCACUUAGAUUUUUCUGUAACACUAGUAUCAUUUGGGUUGUCUAAAUGAGUUUCAUUUUUUAUACACCAAAGUUUUGACAUGUUCCUAUUAUUCCUGUUUGUACCAGUUAAAGCCAUUUGACGAUGAUUCUUUGUUGAUGCUAAGAUCACUGCACAAUAACAACCUGGUUUUUUGUUUGUUUGGAUUUGUUUUGAAUGUCUGGCACCAUUAGUUCUUAUGACCUGGUUGGAAGUAAUAGUGCCACAGGCCUGAAAACAGUUCUUGUGUGGCAGUGGUGAUAAGGCGUCCAAAGGGCCAUGUUUCUACUUCUGUGGAACUUUAGUCAUGCUGAAAUAGUAUUAUAUGCUUAUACAGUUCUGUAAUAUCUAUGUGUACAGCUAGUAUUAUAAUGAAAGGAUGAAGAAUCUGGACUAGAAAGUAGGGUUAAGCCAUUACUAGGCCUUGUUGCAAAUGGCCUAAAUGGUGUUCCCAUUGAAUUAACACUUGCCACAAAUACAUAAGCUUAUAUUAAUUGUGUUUUGCAUAAAAUUGCCAAACACAAUAAUGUAUAUAUAUUGGUAUAAGACCUGGGAGAAAUUUAUAUAUUGUGCUUUUUAUCUGUGAACGGGAAAGCCAUUUUUAGUGGGUGACUGCCCUUUGAAGACUCAGUUGGAUGUAUACCUGAAUGUUGCAUUGUAUUGUAUAGUAUCAUGUUAUUGUUUGUGGUUGCAUAUGGCAAUGAAGUGUUUGUUUUAUAAAAAAAAAAAGACGUCUGUUAUGUACAGUUGAAAUAAAUUUUGCAUUUGCUAGCCUGUGGCUUUUAAUAUUUGUUACAUGGGGGGGGAGUAGCAUAGUUUGCAGUUUAAUAUGAUUUGGCUGUUCUCAUGAACAUUGUCUUCCAAAGAAAGGCCAGG